CAGAGGUGCGCCCGCCCCGCCCCACCCGGCCCUCAGCUAGCGCCCGGGGAAGAGGAGCUGCCCUCGCAGCGUCCCAGCGGGGACAGGACCAGGCCCGGGACCUCGAGAGGCCGCCUCAGCGGAGCCGGAGUCCCGACCUCCACCCUCUUCUCAGCCCUCCUGGGACCGCCAGCCUUACGCGACCCAGGGAGCGACCUCAGACCGGCCCUCCGCUGACUCUGCUGCGUGCCCCCCGACACUCUAUCGUACCUUCUGGGACCCCGGACCUCCGACACACCCCAGUCCUGCCCCCCUCCUACCCCGCGCCAGGUCCCCCUGACUCUCUCUGGGCGGGGACGUCCUCCUGGUCCCCGGCGCGGCUGGGUCAGGUCCCUUUGGAGCUGCGCCGGCUGACCCGGCUGGAGCGCGCCAUGCGGCUGCAGGUGCUGCGGCCCCGGCUCCCGCUCCUGGCGCUGCUGCUGCCGCUGCUGCCGCCACCCGCGCGCGCCCCGAAGCCCGCGGCGCAGGACGUGAGCCUGGGCGUGGACUGGCUGACCCGCUAUGGCUACCUGCCGCCACCCCACCCAGCCCAGGCCCAGCUGCAGAGCCCUGCGAAGCUGAGGGAUGCCAUCAAGGUCAUGCAGAGGUUUGCGGGGCUGCCAGAGACAGGCCUCAUGGACCCAGGGACAAUAGCCACCAUGCAUAAGCCCCGCUGCUCCCUGCCAGACGUGCUGGGGGUGGCGGGGCUGGUCAGGCGGCGGCGCCGGUACGCCCUGAGCGGCAGCGUGUGGAAGAAGCGCGCGCUGACGUGGAGGGUUCGUUCCUUCCCCCGGAGCUCCGCGCUGAGCCGGGAGACCGUGCGGGCCCUCAUGAACUACGCCCUGGCCGCCUGGGGCGUGGAGUCGGGCCUCACGUUCCGCGAGGUGGAUUCUCCCCGGGACCCGGAGCCCGACAUCCUCAUCGACUUCGCCCGGGCCUACCACCAGGACAGCUACCCCUUCGACGGGAUGGGGGGCACCCUGGCCCAUGCCUUCUUCCCCGGGGAGCACCCCAUCUCCGGGGACACUCACUUCGAUGAUGAGGAGACCUGGACUUUUGGGUCAAAAGAUGGUGAGGGCACCGACCUGUUUGCUGUGGCUGUCCAUGAGUUUGGCCAUGCCCUGGGCCUGGGCCACUCCUCAGCACCCAACUCCAUUAUGAGGCCCUUCUACCAGGGCCCAGUGGGCGACCCUGACAAGUACCGCCUGUCCCAAGAUGACCGCGAGGGCCUGCAGCAGCUCUACGGGAAGGCGCCCCACACCCCAUACGACAGGCCCACAAGGAAACCCCUGGCUCCUCCUCCCCAGCCCCCGGCCCUGCCCCCGGACAGCCCCUCGGACCCGGUCCCUGAUCGAUGUGAGGGCAAUUUUGACGCCAUCGCCAACAUCCGCGGGGAAACCUUCUUCUUCAAAGGCCCCUGGUUCUGGCGCGUCCAGCCCUCGGGCCAGCUGGUGUCCCCCCGGCCUGCCCGGCUGCACCGCUUCUGGGAGGGGCUGCCCCCCCAGGUGAGGGCCGUGCAGGCCGCCAACGCCCGGCACGGAGACGGCCGGAUCCUGCUCUUCAGCGGCCCGCAGUUCUGGGUGUUCCAAGACCGGCAGCUGGAGGGCGGGGCGCGGCCGCUCACGGAGCUGGGGCUGCCCCCGGGAGAGGAGGUGGAUGCCGUGUUCUCGUGGCCGCUGAACGGGAAGACCUACCUGAUCCGGGGCCAGCAGUACUGGCGGUACGACGAGGCGGCGGCGCGGCCCGACCCGGGCUACCCGCGCGACCUGAGUCUCUGGGAAGGGGCGCCCUCAGCCCCGGACGAUGUCACCGUCAGCAACACAGGUGACACCUACUUCUUCAAGGGCGUUCACUACUGGCGCUUUCCCAAAGGCAGCGUCAAGACCGAACCGGACUCCCCCCAGCCCAUGGGGCCCAAGUGGCUGGACUGUCCCGCCCCCAGCUCCGGCCCUCGGGCACCCCGUCCGCCCAAAGCGACCCCCAGGUCCGGACCUUGCGACUGUCAGUGCGAGAUCAAUCAGGCCGCUGGGCGGAGGACCGCGCCCCGCCUGCUGCUGCUCCUGCCCCUGCUGGCGGGGGGCGUCGCCUCCCGCUGAAGGGGACGUCCCGAGCCUCCUACUCGGAAAGGGGCCAGAGCCCCAGCCGCUGGAGCCCUCUCGCCUGUUCCCAGGGCCCCGGGCUCGAGCGGACGGCGCGGGGCGGACUGGCGGGGACGACUCCGCGGGGAGGACGUGGUCCCGGCGCCGCCUCCGGAGCCCGCCAGGGGGCGCCCGCCUUGCUCCCGGCCCGACGGCCGCCAGGGGGCGCUACGGACCCUGUCUCCCGGGCCCGGGGACAGGGCGGGACGCGGGUGGGGGUGAGGAUCGUGGGCUAGAGGCGGGCUGGGCCUUGGACUGGACACAUCUGCCGCUCAGUGGGAGGAGGAAUCCGGCCCCCGGCCAGCGCUGCCCCCUCAGGAUCCUCCUUUUCCCAGAAUGGCCUUUCUCGCAGCGCUGUCCGCGCACUCUCCCCAGCCCCCACCACGCCUGGUGACAGCGUUUGGCGUCCGCGUGGGUCGUUAGAGGACAGGCCUGACUGGGAGACGGAGCCCUAGCCCCUCUCCCACCUGCUGCUCCGAGUUUCCCGCGGCUUCUCACCCUGUCAUGCUCCCGCAGCGUCCCACUACAGUCACUGCCACAUUGGUGGGGCUCCCGGACCCGGACCCAGCCCAGAGACCACCCCUGAGGACCCAUACUCCACGUCCAGGGUGUCAUCAGCGGGCACACGGACGACCCUCUCUCUCCAGGGUCCGUUGCCCUCGUUUCUGGUCACCCCCACUCCAGGCCACGCAGCCUGGAUGCCACCCUGGACCCAGAACUGCCUUCGACUCAAUGGGACACCUUCCUCUCCCUAACGAACCUCUCCCUGCCCGCACCCUGGAGUCUUGGCAGCUUCCCCUAAACAGCUUGGCUCCCAUCAGCUAAAUGCCGGUGGGAAGACAGCGGACCCACCCUUCUCUCAGGCCUGAACGCUGCAUCCUUAGCACUCCUGGGUGGCUCCAGUUCUUGGGUGAGGGGUGGGUGGAACCUGGGGCACCUCAGUCACCUCACAUUCCCCACAGAUUCAGAAUCUAAAUCGUUGCCCCUGGAACCAUGCUUCUAGAAUAUUCCACAUCAGAAUCACUGGGAAACUUAAAAAUGCAGAUUCCAUGCUCUCACCCUGAAUCCUCACUCUAGGGGCCAGGAAUCUGCAUUUAAUUGGAGGGGGCAGCAGCUGUCUGUCUUGUGGCAUUUCUGGGGCUCUGCAGGGUUGUCCCUUCCGGGGACCAAUCUCCAUAUAUUUUCUACAGAACCACAGUGAUGGUCUUGAUUGAGAGGUGGCCACCUCACCAUGGGUGGAGUCACUUAGUGGGCCACUUCACAGGUUGCCAUCCAACCUCAGUGACCCCACAGUGCUUCUUGGCACCCAGUGACCAGGGGAGGUUGCCCCUGGUUUCUCAUGACAACAAGACCAGCAUGAGGAGAGAUUAGAGAGAAAUCCCUUUAAUUCUUCUGAGCAUUGGUGGACCUGGGGUGAAGUUUGGUGGCAGGAAGUGGACAGAUCUGAGUUGCUGUGCUUUGUGGAAGAAGUUGGAAUCCAGGGUUGAUUGAGGGCAGACUGGGGGGGAUACUCAUAUCUGUUCGGGGAAGUGGUAGAGAUUCCCAGAAUCACGUACCCUCCCAUUUUCUGUCCUCGUAUGGCUGGCUCUGGAACUGUCACGGCACUGCGGGGUGUGAGUUUUACGAUUUUAAUGACGGAAAGGUUACUUUUGUCAUAAGCUCCUAGCUUCUGUGCAUGCUCCCGGUUGGGUAAAGCCCCUAACCUCAAGUCCUUGUUGUUGUGGUUUCUUUUCUCUGUUUUGAUUGAUCCUGACCCUUGGCUCUUGACUACACCCCCCAUCACCUGCCCUGCCACCCGCAUACCCCCACCCCUCCCCAACACUAUGCAUUCAAUUGUACAGUUUAAUGAGUGAAUUGCAUUGCUUGUGAAUUAUAUCACAAUAAAGCUAUAAAAACACGGUA